CUCACGUCUUGGCCCAGGACCCCAGCCUGCCGUGGCAGGUCCAGGGCCGCCCAGGGCACCAUGGGCAUCGCGCGCUUGACGCUGGCCGCCCUGCUGGGGCUUCUCUGCGGGGCGCCGAUCCCCGCUGAGGCAGAGAGGCCGCCCCACCUGCUGUUCGUGGUGGCCGACGACCUCGGGUGGGACGACGUCGGCUUCCGCAGCCACCAGAUCAGGACCCCGCACAUCUCCGUCGACCGCCUGGCCCGCGAGGGCGCUGUGCUCGAUCAGUACUACGUGCAGUCCGUCUGCUCCCCCACGCGCGCCACGUUCCUGACCGGGCGCUACCCGCUGCACCACACCGUGAACGACUGGCUGCGCCCAGGGCAAGCGACGGGCCUGCCGCUGAACGAGACGCUGCUGCCCGAGCUGCUGGCGCCGGCGGGGUACCGGCGCCACGCUGUGGGCAAGUGGCAUCUGGGCUUCACCCGCUGGGAGCACACGCCCACCUUCCGCGGCUUCGAGUCGUUCGUGGGCUUCUACGGCGGCGGCGAAAGCUACUUCAAGCACGAAUCUGGCGGCUACGACUUCCGCCGCGACAUGCAGCCGCGCUGCGGAGCGAACUGCUCUCGCCUGGCCAAGCAGGACUCGGGCCACUACAGCACGCACCUGUUCACCGCCCGCGCCCAGGAGGUGAUCCAGCAGCACGACACCUCGGAGCCGCUGUUCCUCUACCUCGCCUACCAGGCCGUACACGCACCCCUUGAGGUCCCCCAGAGUUAUGUCGACGCAUACGCGGGCAGCAUCGAGGACCCGCAACGCCGCGGCUUCGCGGGCAUGCUCUCCUGCCUGGACGAGGGCCUGGGCAACGUGACCGGCGCGCUGCGAGCCAAGGGCAUGCUGGAGGACACGCUCGUCAUCUUCACCACGGACAACGGCGGGCCGUCGUCGGGGCGCGUGGGCGGCGACUACAUCGGGUCCAGCAACUACCCCCUCCGUGGCGGGAAGCACUCCAUCUGGGAGGGGGGCACCCGAGGCACUGCGCUCGUUUGGGCUGGCGCGGCCACUGGCCUGCUUCCGCAGGCGCGCCAGGGCUCCGUGGCGCGCGCCCCGGCUCGUGCACGCGGCCGACUGGCUCCCCACGUUGUGCGCCAUCGCUGGGGCCUCCGGCUCCUGCGACCACCUGCCACUCGACGGCGUCGACCAGACGGGUGCGCUCUUCCGCGGUGA